AUGACGGUACCGCAAAAUAUGGGGUUCGCCACUUGCAACACACAACUACCUGGUGGUUUUCAAAACGUUGGAGGACCGAGCCAACAAAAUGCGGUUGAUUUAGAUGACGAAGAAGUUCCGGAGACCCAGUUCCUUGUCGGUCAAAAUGCUGUUGAACAUGAAAAAAAGAAACGUUCACACAAGAGGAAAACACCGGGUGAAGAACGCUUGAAAACCAAACCGAUACCGUGGACUUCCAACGAGGAAAUGAGUUUGUCCAAGGCUUGGCUAGAAAUAACCGAAGACCCGAGAUGUAGUAACUAUCAAAAGGAAAAAACAUAUUGGUCUCGUAUUUACAAAGUUUUCCGCAAGUUGGAAGAUCAAGAAGAGGGAUACCGUGAUGCCGAUGUCAUCGCCUUCGAUCCAUUUAAAACUCGUGGCCAAUCGUCGGCUAAGCGGUCAAAAACCUCAUCCUCAACCGACCAUCAAAGUCAAGGGUCGGACGCUCGGUCCCAAAUAAAUCUCAACGACAUUGAGGAAGAUUUGGAAGAGCCACAUGAAGAGGCCGAUGCGUUUGAACCACCACAACGGCCGGUUGGCCGUGAUAGGGCCAAAAAAGCCGCCCAACCAUCUUCUAGCGGUGUACGAAUCGACUACACCGAAACGUUCGAAAAAGUCAAAAAUAAGUUAGACGGCUUGUUGCAAACGAGCCAACAACGGAUCAACUUAAAAAAAGAACACGGUGACCGAAAGCUAAAGCUGAAAGAAAGUCGUCAAAAAGCACUUGAUUUGCAAAUAUUGACAUCCGACACGACAAACCUUUCUGGAGCCGAGCUCGCUUUAGCCGAACAAAUAAAGCAAGAAAUUCGAGAAAAAUCUAACCUUUGUUGA